UGGAGGAUGCCCAUUUCAGUCCCAGCUGCAGACAGACGGCAGAGAGCCUCAGCAGCAUUUUCUCUCAGUUUUCUCUCUUUAGUCUUCUCUAUUACAGCAUUCAGUAGCAGUUACUGGUGUGAAGGGACGAGAAAAGUUGCCAAACCUUUCUGUACUGGACAGAGCAAAGGGCAUCACUGCAUCCGCUUUAAUAGCCCUGAUGCCAACAACAGCAAUGCUGUGCAGUAUAUUUGGGAGACAGGAGAUGACAAGUUCAUUGACCGAAAGUUUCAUGCUGGGAUUUGGUAUUCCUGUGAAGAAAUUAUAAAUGAAGAAGGUGAGAAAUGUAGAAGCUUCAUCAGUCUGACUCCAGCUGCUGAUCGAGGGGUUUUAUGGCUGUCUGUUGUAGCAGAGCUUCUGUACAUCAUUUUGCUUCUGACUGGAGCCAUUCUUAUGUCAGUCGAAAUGUGCUACUACAGUACUGUCAUUGACAGGCUAAAGAUCAACGCCUUUUCUGCAGUAGUCACCGUGUUAGCAGGUCUUCUGGGCAUGGUUGCUCACAUGAUGUACACAACUGUAUUUCAAAUGACUGUAAAUCUUGGUCCUGAAGACUGGAGACCUCACACAUGGGAUUAUGGCUGGUCCUAUUGCCUCGCAUGGGCUUCCUUCGCUUGCUGUAUGGCUGCAGCUGUCACUACUAUUAACAAAUAUACAAAAACUAUUUUGGAAUUCAAGCACAAAAGAAAAACACUGGAAAGGAGUUUAGAGACUAAAUACAAGUUUCCUGAUCAUACAGCUCCAGAGAAAGCUUGCAAUGUGUAUGUGAACUCUUUUCACAACAGUACAGAGGACCCUGCACACCCAAUAAAAGGCUUGCGUCACCUGGCCACUAUUUCAGUUCUGUAA